AUGGCGGUCGAGUACGUCGCGAGUGUUAAACUAAAGGAAGUGUCGUCGUGCUUGAGUCUCAGAAGGCUUCCAAGCGGCGGAAAACGUCUAAAAAUGGCACCACUUUCGUCUGUGCAGACACGAGAAUGGAUGAAAAAGACUUGCAUAUUCUCCUACCGAACUGGGGUCUUGAUGACCCUGGUCAACCGCAGUGAUUGGACGAGCCUGACAGAUCUACAGUUCAAGUGCCCGUCCCAGCCCACUUUCGAUCCCGGACUCGAGCAUAGCGUCACCAGGCGACUGCUUUACGCCCGACCGCUUCGACUCGACGCUGGAGGACACAAUUUCGCGACAUGUUCCGCCUGA